AUGGACAACUUAAUAUUUUGUCAGGAGGAUUUAAGUUCUCGCAUUAAGAAGGCAGACGUAAACUUUAAAAAGAGUCCAAAGGAACGUAUUACUAAGGAAUAUAUAGAAUCACGUUUAGAAAUGUUAGAGCAACUUUGGCAUGAAUUUUUAUCGGGACAUAAAGAAUUAAUUAAAAUUGUACCCUCAAAGGAAUUAACAAAAUCUACCUAUUUUAAAAAUGAAAUAUAUGAUAACACAGAGGAGGUUUAUUUAGAUUACAAAACGAUGCUUAGAAGUAAUUUAUCAGCAUUUGCAGAUCAUACCUUGGGUGCUAAUCAAUCAAGUACCGAUAUGGGGCUUCUAAUUGGCGAGGCGGAACGUCUUUUGAAACAUAUUCCAAUAACAAGUGAUAAUUAUGAAAGAAGUUGGGCUUUGUUAGAAGAUAGGUACAACAACAAAAGAUUUAUUUGUCAUCAAAUUAUAAAGCGGCUGUUAAGUCAACGUAAUAUUUUAAGCGAAUCUGCUAAUAGUCUAAAGGAUAUAAUUGAUACAACUAAUGAUUGUUUAGCCUCACUUGCUAAUCUUGGUAUUAAGACCAGUACGUGGGAUGUGCUUAUAAUAUAUAUUAUCACAUUAAAACUGGAUCCUGAGUCAAGAAGACAGUGGGAAUUCUAUGUAAGCAAUAAUGUUCCAAGGGAUGAUCUACCUAACUACGAUCAGUUUCAAGAGUUCCUAACCAAUCGGUAUAGAGCUAUAGAAUUCCUGCCUUCCGACUCAAAAUCCAACUAUAAAGUUUGCCAUCCUGUUAAGGUAAAUUCUAUGCAUGCAACUAAUAUCAAUUGUCCAUUCUGUUCGGAGGAGCACAAACUUAGCAAUUGUAAAAAGUUUUGCAAAGAGUCGGUUAACGCGCGCCGUAACUUUGUAAAAAAUAACCAGGUUUGCUUUUGCUGUCUCGGGAAUAAUCAUUCGGCUAAAAUAUGUCGCUACCAAAUUAAAUGUAACGUUUGUAAAAGAAAACAUCACAGCCUUUUACAUCCAGUAAUACAACCAGAACAAAAUCAGGAUAGUCAAGAAAACACUCAAAAUUUAGACACAAAAAAUUCUUCUUCGUUUGUUUCAUGUAUAUCUAGAAAUAAGAUAAGUCAGCAUGUACUCUUAGCUACAGCUUUAGUUAAAGUAUUAUCUAAAACGGGAAACUUACUUACGAUAAGAGCACUUCUAGAUCAAGGAUCUCAAUCAUCAUUUGUUACUGAAUCCACAGUACAAAUGUUAGGUUUAAAGAAAACUCCCAUUAAAGGCACAAUUUCAGGAGUAGGUGGAGGUAAUAAUUUAAUCUCCAAGGCCAUGGUAAAUCUGGAAAUAAGAUCUCGUAUUGAUCCAAAUGUGGUCAUAAUUGUGAAGGCAUACGUCUUGAAAUCUAUCACCACUCUUUUACCAGCGACUAAUAUAGAAUCUUUAGAGUGGGAUGAGCUCCCUAAAAUGACCUUAGCAGACCCAGAAUAUUAUACGUCAAACCGAGUCGACCUAUUAUUAGGAGCUGAGGUAUAUAGCCAGAUCAUCAAAGAUGGAGUAAAAAAAGGUCCAUAUGGUACACCAGUGGCGCAGUCAACGACAUUAGGAUGGAUUUUGUCAGGUACUGUUAACACUUCACGCAAUUCUUCUCAAAAAAUUCACGUAAUGCAUUGUCAGGUUCAAGACAACGAAAUGUUAAAAAAAUUUUGGGAAUUAGAAGCUGAAGUUAGUAUUCCUAGGCUAAAGUUACUAACAGAAGAGGAAAAGCAAUGUGAAAAAUUGUUUGCUGAAACAGUGCAAAGAGACGAAGAUGGCAGAUAUAUUGUCCGUCUUCCUUUCAACACGUCAACUCCUGAAGUAGGCGAUUCGUUGAGAAUAUCUGAAAAACGAUUGCAAUCAUUAGAAAGAAAAUUCAAUUAUAAUAAAGAACUGAAACUUAGAUACAUAGAUGUCAUAAAUGAUUACCUUUAUCUAAAUCAUAUGGAGUUAGUGAAGUCACCAGAUAUCAGCACAAAGGCCAUUUAUAUUCCCCAUCAUGCGGUUGUUAGGGAGGACAAAGAAACUACAAAGUUAAGAGUAAUUUUCGGUACUGCAUGUGCUCCUUACCUGGCAGUGAAGGUUUUGCAGCAAGUAGCUCUUGAUGAUGGGGCUGAAUAUCCAUUGGCAGCUACUCGAGUCCUGCAAGAUUUCUACAUCGACGAUUUAUUAACGGGCUGUCACAAUGUAGAAGAAGGUGUAACUGUCUAUAAAGAACUAAGGGAAUUGUUAAGCAAAGGGGGAUUUCAGUUACAGAAGUGGUCAAGCAACAAUGAUGAACUACUAGAAAAAAUAGCAGAAGGAGAUAGGAUUAAAGGAGAGGAUGCAGAAAAGGGAUUAAAGCUAAAAACUGAUCCAGUAUUGAAAAUACUAGGUCUUACCUGGAAUCGGAAUAUUGACUCAUUUCAGUACACGGUAACGCUUCCGACGUUAAGAGAACCUGUAACAAAGAGGAAAAUUAUAGCUGAUAUUGCGAGAUUAUUUGACCCUCUCGGAUGGAUCGCACCAACAAUUAUUCAAGCAAAGAUUAUUAUACAAAGGUUGUGGUUAUCAGGAGUUGAUUGGGAUGAAGAGGUUCCAAACAAUAUUUUAAAUGAGUGGAUAACUUACCGGAAAGAGCUAAAACUCUUAGAAAAAGUAACUAUUUCGCGUUGGUUGGGAUCUAAAGAAGAUGCCACGAGAAUAGAGCUGCAUGGUUUCUGCGAUGCUUCCAAGUUAGCCUAUGCAGCAGUGGUAUAUAUGAGAGUCAUUGAUUCUGAUAACAAUAUAAAGGUCAGUCUGUUGACAGCUAAAACUAAGGUUGCACCAAUAAAACAAGUGUCAAUUCCAAGGUUAGAGUUAUGUGGAGGCGUACUUUUAUCAAAAUUAUUGGUAGAAGUGGGUGACGUGAUGAGAAUCACAAAGGAAAACUGGUAUGCGUGGACAGAUUCCUCAGUUGUCCUAGCUUGGAUCAACAGUCACCCAAACAAGUGGAAGACCUUUGUGGCAAAUAGAGUGUCAACAAUUCUUGAAUGUCUCGAACCUUACCAAUGGUCUCACAUACAGUCUAAGCAAAAUCCAGCAGAUUGUGCUUCUCGAGGCCUUCGGCCGCCCGAAUUACUACAAUCGUUCUUAUGGCAAAAUGGUCCUGAAUUAUUAAAGGAAAAAAUAAUAACACAAAAUAAAUCGAAACAUUUUGAAACAAAUUUAGAAGAAAUCAAAGUUUUAAUGGUUACAAUCGAAGAUGAAUUUUGGAGUCGAUAUUCUUCACUCAAUAAGUUGCUUCGGGUGAUUGCUUAUUGUAGGCGAUUUUUGGACCUGCUGAAACCGAAGGAAGAAAGGCACAUUAAUAGAAUUUUAACAAAAGAUGAAAUUAAUCAAGCUAGAGAAACUUGUAUAAAGGAAAGUCAAAGGGCAAGCUUUACAGAAGAAAUCAAAGCAUUGAAAAGAAAAGAAAGAAUAAAAAGGAGUAGUAAAAUACUUACCUUAAAUCCAUUCUUGGACGCCAAGGGCAUUUUAAGAGUAGGUGGGAGGCUUAACAACUCCAACUUCACUGAAGACAAGAAACAUCCAAUACUGAUUCCAAAACUUGGGUUUUUGGCAAGAUUAUUAAUAGACGAGGCUCAUAAAAACACUUUACAUGGUGGAGCACAAUUAAUGUUAAGUUACUUACAUUCUAAAUUUUGGGUAAUAGGUGUCAAACCCUUGAUUAAGGCACAUAUUCGCAAAUGUACAAUUUGCGUAAAAAGCGCUGCAUCCGCACAAAAUCCACUGAUGGGACAGCUUCCUUCUUUUAGAGUCACACCAGAAAGACCAUUUAAGAAAUCCGGAGUUGAUUACGCGGGACCUAUCAACAUCCGAACCACCAAAGGUCGAGGUGUCCAAUCCUAUAAAGGAUACAUUUGUUUAUUCGUCUGCAUGGCGACCAAAGCUGUUCACAUCGAGGCCGUAAGUGAUUUAACCUCAAAAGGAUUUCUGGCCGCUUUUCGUCGUUUCAUUGCUAGGCGAGGUCAUUGUACAGAUUUGUGGAGCGACAAUGGUACAAAUUUUGUGGGAGCUUCACGUGAACUGCAAUCUUUGUUUAAAUCGGAACAAUCAUAUUUAAGAAAGGAGGUAACAGAGAGUUUAGCCUCUACCGGUACCACUUGGCAUUUUAUCCCUCCUCGUGCUCCACACUUUGGGGGCUUGUGGGAGGCUGCAAUUAAGUCAAUGAAAUUUCAUUUAAAAAGAAUAAUUGGGGAUCAUACGUUAACAUAUGAGGAGUUAGCUACGGUGCUUACACAAGUAGAGGCAUGCCUGAAUUCUAGGCCACUGUCGAGGAUAGGGAAUUUAUCUGAUGAUUUUCUGACCCCUGGGCACUUUCUAGUAGGAGAACCGUUGGUCACUGUUCCUGAUUACAAUUAUGAGACUUCGAGCAUUUCUUCAUUAAGGAGGUGGCAGUUAACACAACGUAUGUUACAAGGUUUUUGGCGUCGAUGGUCGAAUGAUUAUAUUAAUCAAUUACAACAGCGAUACCGAUGGAAGGACCAAACGCCAGAGCCCAAAGAAGGCGAUGUGGUACUCGUUAAAGAAGAUGACUUACCGCCUUGUAAAUGGCUUCUCGGUGUCAUUGUAGUGAAACAUCCAGGCAAGGAUAAUAUCACUAGAGUCGUCACCUUACGUACGAAAAAUUCUUUGCUCAAGCGACCAAUUGCUAAGUUAUGUGUUCUCCCCACUACUAAAUAA